AGUCCCCCGCCCGUCCGGCCAGGGCUCCCCAGUACGCAGCGCCCCGCCUGCCCCCCCGCCCCCCGCCCUCCCGGCCCUUCCGCGUUCCCGCCCGGUCCCCGCCUGCCGGUCGUCCGGGGCCCACGGGGCCGCAGCGCCCGGGGCGCGGCGCUGACGGCGGAGGGGCCAUGCCCAGCCCCGCGGGCCGCAAGAUGGACGGCAGCGGCGGCCGCGUCCGCCUCAAGGCGCAUUACAGCGGGGACAUCCUGAUCACCAGUUUGGACCCCACCACCACCUUCGAGGAGCUGUGUGCUGAGGUGCGGGAUAUGUGUCGCCUUCACGAGGGACACCCACUCACCCUCAAGUGGGUGGACAAUGAAGGCGAUCCAUGUACCGUGUCCUCCCAGAUGGAGCUGGAGGAGGCCUUCCGCCUGGCCUUUCAGCGCAGGGACGAGGGCCUCAUCAUCCACGUUUUCCCCAGCAUCCCAGAGCAGCCCGGCAUGCCCUGUCCCGGAGAAGACAGUGAGUACUUCUCUUUCCUCCCUCGUGUGUCCUGUGUCCUAUGCUGCUGCCACCGGUGCUACCCCUCUGUGUUAGGAGUGGGCAGGCAAACGAGGCUUCUAUGCCUCCCCAGGCUUUGGCCUGUUUGUCCUGGUCAAGAGACCUGGGAGGCACUAGCAGGUCAUGUGGCACCUGCAGCUUCACAACUGGUACUCUUGCCUAUGUGUGUAGAGCUGUAUGUAUCUGCAGCUCUGUGA